GGCAGAGAGGGGCGGGACACGGAGCUGCUUCCGGUUGGGUGGUGCUUGCGCGCGUGAGCUGAGCCGGUGGGUGAGCGGCAGCGGUGGCGGCGGGGCUGGUGGGCGCAACUCAGAGAUCUGAUUAUCAUGGACCUGCGACAGUUUCUUCUGUGCCUCUCCCUGUACACAGCCUUUGCCUUGAGCAAGCCCACAGAAAAGAAGGAUCGUGUGCACCACGAGCCUCAGCUCAGCGACAAGGUUCACAAUGAUGCUCAGAACUUUGAUUAUGACCAUGAUGCUUUCUUGGGUGCUGAAGAAGCAAAGACCUUUGACCAGCUGACACCAGAAGAGAGCAAGGAAAGACUUGGAAAGAUUGUAAGUAAAAUAGAUGGCGACAAGGACGGGUUUGUCACUGUGGAUGAGCUCAAAGACUGGAUUAAAUUUGCACAAAAGCGCUGGAUUUACGAGGAUGUAGAGCGGCAGUGGAAGGGGCAUGACCUCAAUGAGGACGGCCUCAUUUCCUGGGAGGAGUAUAAAAAUGCCACCUACGGCUACGUUUUAGAUGAUCCAGAUCCUGAUGAUGGAUUUAACUAUAAACAGAUGAUGGUUAGAGAUGAACGGAGGUUUAAAAUGGCAGACAAGGAUGGAGACCUCAUUGCCACAAAGGAGGAGUUCACAGCUUUCCUGCACCCUGAGGAGUAUGACUACAUGAAAGAUAUAGUAGUGCAGGAAACAAUGGAGGACAUAGAUAAGAAUGCUGAUGGUUUCAUUGAUCUAGAAGAAUAUAUUGGUGACAUGUACAGCCAUGACGGAAAUGCUGAUGAGCCGGAAUGGGUGAAGACAGAGCGGGAACAGUUUGUUGAGUUUCGAGACAAGAAUCGUGAUGGGAAGAUGGACAAGGAAGAGACCAAAGACUGGAUCCUUCCCUCAGACUAUGACCAUGCAGAGGCAGAAGCACGGCAUCUAGUCUAUGAGUCAGACCAAAACAAGGAUGGCAAGCUUACCAAGGAGGAGAUUGUUGACAAGUAUGAUUUAUUUGUGGGCAGCCAAGCCACAGAUUUUGGCGAGGCUCUAGUACGACAUGAUGAAUUCUGAGCUGUAGACAAAGGAAUCCACAUUUCUUCAAAAGUAAUUUAUUUUUACAGCUUCUGGUUUCACAUAAAAUUGCGCUACUGAGACUGUUGUUACAAACUUUUUUAAGAUAUGAAAAGGCAUAUCAACCAUUGCGUCCCCUUUCCUCCUCCUCUCUUAGGGGCUGGGGAACCGUGACUGAAGAACAACGCUAAUUAAUUAGUACACUUGUGUUUGUAGAUUUACUCUGUAUUAUGUAUAACAUGGUGUUUAUUUUUGUAUUUGUUCUCUGAUUGGGAAUAUGAUAUGAAGGAUCAAGAUCCUCAGCUUACAGGCAAACAUUAGCCACCCUUCACUCUUUCUCAAGUCUUGUCCUAUAACUUUUAUAAUCCUGAUUGAAUGUUUCAAGCCUGAGAUCAAUAAAUGUUCUGGAGAGAGAAAAGGGAAAGAUGCCCACAUUUUAUAGUUAGAAUAACACUUAACCUUGCCUCUUAAAAAGUAUAUCUCUAGUAGUAGUGGUGACAUACUCCAUUCAGUUGUUCUAGGCCCAGCAACUAGCUGAUAUCCUAGUGUUAUCUAAGCAAGAACAGAUUCCCAUGCUAUGCAAAAGCUUGGCUUAACUUGAUUUCAUUUCAUUUUUUUCCCCCACUUCCAGUAGAACUAGUUGUCAUUAUGGUCAAGAAUAGCUGUGAUGGGAAAAGUUAGGGCCGCUGUAUGGAAAAUCAGGCAAGUAGAGUGUGAUCUUUUUACAGAGCACUACAUAGGGACAGCUGGAAAGCCAAAAGAAAAAGAAGUGUUUCUAGGGCACACCCUUUUUUCUGAAUGUCCAUCUGCUGAAGUGCUCAUCAAGACUGUUGACUCUCACUGUAAGUGCUCCAUUUGGCUCCUGUUUCCCUAGGAAUUCUGGGGAUUGUUUCUUGCUUUCACUGCAGUUAUAACAUACCCUUUCUAAUCAUGUCACUGAAAGUGCCUUUAGCAUGAGAAAGGUUCACUGAAUGAAGAUUCUUUUAAGAAUACCCCAAGAUAAAGAUGAGAUUACUUGGCUCACCUUAUAGGAGAGCAUAGAACCUCCCAACGUAGUGGGAUUUUUUUUUUUUUCUUUCCUUUCUCUUCCAGAGAGCAGUUAAAUAGCAGUAUUAGUUAGCAGCUUGGUUGCAGUGUUCUUGUUUUGUGGGCUCGUUUCCAAAAACCACAUGCUGCUGAAUUCACUGGGGAUCCUCAUAACCUCAGAAUGCUAACCACUUACUACCAGGCCUAUUACUGUGCCAGCUGGAGAGCUUGAGCUCAGACUCAAAAAAAAAAAAAAAAAAAAAGGCCUGCAGAGAGGGCUCUUGGGUUUGAGGACCACUGCUCACUCUUAUUGCAGUUGACUCCCAGUCACCCUGUUUCCCCCUUUUACUCUCCCCACUGUCAAAAGGAAGAAAAAAAGUUGUAUUGUGAAUCAACAAAUCUCCAAUCUUCAUCAAAGGAAAGGGAUGCAGUUUGUAGAAAGAGCUGAAGAAACCACGCUCUGUUCCCAACUCUACUCCACUCCAACUUUAUAUAACACAAACUUUCUUAAGUUCUUUCCUUAUAAAUGGGCCUUUCUUGAGAAGAGUUAUUAUAUUCCAAGUUUUUAGCCCUCAGGUUACUAAGGUAAAUAUAUGUAUAUCUAACCUUUAUUAUUUCAUUUAUCUUUCUGGAUAAUGCAUUCAGGUGGUGCUGGGUGUUUAUUAUAAUCUGACCUAGGUAUGUCCUUCGGUCUUCCAUAGCCAUGUUGAGGUGGCUACUCAGCCUGGUGAAAAGCCAGAUACCGUGUAACUUCCCCCCCAGCCUUGGUGUUGAGAGUGGAUACGCUCUUAACUUCAACGUAGCCUAACAGAAACUCUGCCCUCCAAAUUACUAGUUUUUUUUUUUAAGAACAGAUGAUAAUGCCACCAGCCCUGACUUAGAGGGGCAUAUUAUGACUGUGUAACAAGAAAGCCUUGCAGCUCACUCGAUGCAGAGAAACCAGGGCUGUGGUGAAGCUAAAUAGAAAGUAGACCGUCACCUACUCAGAGCAGCUUGUGGGUGCUGGGUACGACACCCCUGGAUUCAUGUUUCUGGUUUAAGUCAACCCUGAGGCUGGUGAAUAGUAAGUAGCUCCACACCCACAUGUGUGUUCUGUGAAUGCUGGCUCUCUUAAAUUUGGAUAUCGGUUAUAUUUUAUAGGGUGUAAACCAAGUUUUAUAUUCUAUAAUGCAAACAGGUACCUAUCUGUUUCUAAAUAAAACUGUUUACAUUCA